AUGGAUGAUGCGCGAUACGCCAAGCGGGCUCGCCAGGCCUGCGAGCCAUGCCGCCGCAAAAAGUCCCGGUGUCCGGGCGAGAGACCGAUCUGCUCGUUCUGCGAGCGCCUCGGCCAGCCCUGCGUCUACAACACCCCCGGUGAGGUGCCCGACGCACAGCAGCAGACACGACGCAACAGCGACAUGGAAAGCCGGCUGGCUAGUCUCGAGCACAAGAUGGACCGUCUGAUCGAGCAUUUAAUUCCCAAACCGCAACCCCCCGAGCCGUCCCCGUCAACUCACCAAGUGUCGUCUGCAAAAAGAGCCGCGCCACCUGCAGACCCCGGAUCGGACAGCAAUGCCGGUCCUGUCCCUCGAAGCCCCAGCCCCCUCUCGAGUCCCGCCGACGCCAGGCUGAUGGAAACGGGGCGGCGGUAUUUACUUUGGAUCCACGGCCAGCCUAUUACGCUCUUUACCGAGGAAACCUUCCUGCCGUCCCUCCCGUCGCGCGACCCCGAGCUGAUCCUGGCGUUGGAGGCACUGGUCCUCAGGUACCCCCCCGGUUCCCUCACGAGCCAGGUCGCGCGGCAGCUGGAGGGCAAGGCGCGGGAGUCACGCCGAAUGGUGAUGGACCGCGUGACCGAAGGACGGGUCGAGCUCUCGACGCUGCAGUCGCUGUGUCUGCUCAACAUGUUCCACUUUGCGUCCGGGCAUGUCACGCAGUCUGGCCUCGACCUGGCCAUCGCCAGCCAUCUCGCCCACAGCAUCCGGCCAUCCGCCAACCCGGCCAACGCCCAGGAGAGGGCCCACUGCCUGCGGAGCAUCGCCGUCCUCCAGAACCUCCAGGGCUGCUGCACGAUCCCGGCCGGCACCAGCUCAUCUUCCUCCUUCUCCUCCUCGUCCUCCUCCUACCCCAUUUCGGCCUCGUCCGCGAUCCCCUACUGUAGCCUCCCGGAACCCCCGCCGGACGACCCCCCGUCGCCGGAGAAGGCCAUCUCGGCUGCCGCCGCGGACUUCAGCGUCGUCUGGCGCAUGGCCCAGACCUACGCCGCCGCCACCCCCGUCGCCCCGGACGCCCCGCCGCCCUGGGACUCGCGCUCCGACUACUCCCGCGUUCUGCAGUGCCACCACGACAUGGACUGCCGCGCGCCCCAGCGGUUCCGCUUCGCGACGAACCGGAUCGACCGGCGCGACCCGGCAGAGCUGCGCGCCCGGCGGCGGUACUGGAUGCCCUUCCUCCUCAUCCAGUUCGUCCACGAGACCGUCCCGUGCCUGCUGAACCACCCGUUCCUGCUCUCGAGGCGGCUGCGCCACCUCCGGCACACGAUGCCCGUGCACUUCAUCCAGCAGUCCUUCGAGAGCCUGAGCCGCACCGCUGGCUGGGUCGUCUUCUUCCUCGACGUGCUGGAGACCAAGGCCCUCGCCGCGCCGCCGGACCCCGUCGUGGCCCACUGCGUCGUCGUCGUCGCGACGAUCCACCUGCAGCACAGCUUCGUGCGCGACCCCGUCCUGCGUGGCAAGGCGACGACGGGCUUCGACAAGUGCAUGAGGUUUCUGGCGCGGAUGGGGGCCGUCUGGCCGUGCGUGGCCAACAUGGCAAACAACCUGAGGAAACUUCAGGACAGCAUCGUCGUCAAACCCGCGCCGGACCGGGACGGCCACACCAACCACCAGAACCCGUCCUUCUCCAUCGACACCCGGCUCCUCGGGGACCUGCUCGUCUACGACCGCGCGGGCCGGCCAGACGCCGGCCGCGACCAGUCCGUCUUCGGCCCGACCCUGCGGUCCGACACCGGCGACGCGAGGACGGCCAUCCCCGGCGACGCGGACGCCGCGGAGUUCGACCUCGUCGGCUCCGCGGGCAUCUCGGCGCACAAGGCGGUGCCCGACAGCGCGGCCGUCUACGCCCCGGACGAGGAGAUCACGGCCGCGGCGGCCGUUGUCCCGGAGAGCGCUGCCUCGGCGAACCUCGGGGAGGACGCGAGGGGCCCUUCGUUCGAGGACAUCUUCUUCGAGGGCGCGUGGCCGCUCGGGGACCCGGCGGACCGGUUCUUCGAGGCGAACGACUACGGCCGGGCGAUUGACGACUGGUUGAACCUCGACUGCUGA